GUGUGCCCACGCAAAUUUCCAGGUCGCUAUAUUUAUUUCCCAAACCCAAGGGGAAUACUUUUUUAAAUAUUUAAGAGCGCAAGACAACACCAAAGUGGUCUGGAUGGGGAAGGAUCCGUGGCAAUCGGUUGAUUGAGACGCACGUUGUACACGGGGGGAAAGCUGCUUCACGCUUAAGUUGAUUGAGUUUGUGCCAAGCCUGCAGCAUGCGGAAGACAUGUCCUCCGUGGACAAAGACUGCAAACUACUCCUGAUAUCCAGGAACGCAGAAAUCAAAGAGAAGGACAAAAAGAAGAAGAGUGGGUCCAAGAAAAAGAGGCAUGCCACCGCUGCUCAGGACUCAGAGGAUGCAGAGAAACCUCAGAGCAUAUCUUUGCCUCCUGAGACCUCAGUGAUGUUAUCGCUGGCCCCGUCAUGUCAAGGCCAACUCCAGAUCCAGCUGCCCAAGCUCAGAGCCUGCACCAGAAAGGACGGCGAGAAGAGUGCCAGUGGUGGGCGGAGGAGCAAGAGGCAACCCAAGGACUCGACGGUCCAGUCAACAGCAACAAACAAGCCGAGUGGCGGUGGAGCUGCGUGGCAGGGGGACGUGUCAGAGCUCAGCGCCCAGGCCAGAGAGAGCCUGAGGUGGGAGGGAGUGCUGGAGGACCCCCAAGCUGAAGAGAAGAGGCUGGAGCUGUACAGGGCGAACAGACAACAGCGUUACCGCACCCAUAGACAGGCUCUGAUAGAGGAAACCCAGGCACCCUUGAGACAGGUCUCUGCUAAAGAGGACAACGUGAAGAGGGCUUAACCUGAAUCUGCCCAGAUCUGAUCAGACUAGGACUUUACUGAAUGAAUGUUUUGACUGUCCAGGAGUGAUCAGAUCAUGGAGGAGACUGUGUUUUUGUGUUGUUAUAAUACACAGUGAAUAUAAGAAAAAAAUCACUAUAGCCAUAUCAUUUACAAUAAGUUUAUUGUAAUGUGUUUCAUCAAAUUAUUUACGUUUGGAUUGACUGUAUACUGUAUUUUUUUUUUCUUCAGGUGUGAAGCAUGAAAAAUGUAGCCACAGCAAAUAUGUUGAAAAAGUAGCAAGAAUAGCAGAAAGUGCUGGAGUUCAUAAAAUGUCCUUUAGGGGCCGCUGUUACACAGUGGACUGACUGUGAGCGAGCCAAAGUGUGUUGUCCAUUUAAUACCCUUUCAAACACUUGCAGUUUUUCACCUUCAAUAGAAAAUGCUUACUCUUUCACGAGCAAAAUGUACAUCCUGCUGCCAAGAAUGUACUUUGACCACUAAAUCUUGAUCGCAAGGCUCUGAUGUCAGUGGAAAAGGACAGGCCUACCUCCUGUUGAAUGAACCUCUUUAAAACUUAAUAGAGGAUUUGCAUAGUUUGUCUUGUCCCUCUGAAUUAUGUAGCUCUUGCAGAAAAUACCAAAAGUUCAUCAUUCAUGGCAGAAAUCCCCCUCAGGAUAACACUUCUGAAGACCCCUCAUGCCUAUGUGCUCAGUUUUUUCCUCUUGGGGCUAAAAAUGAAGCGAGGUUACAAACACAACAUUUCUUUAACUACAAAGUAAGGACAUGCAGAUUAGCCCUGUUAACUCAUUUUAUUCUGGAAGGUGCUACGAAAACAAUCAGAAAAGCUAAACCAGGGUGAGUGAGUUAUACAAAAAAUGUGAUUAACUAGUAUACACUCAUCAGUAAAUGGCUGUCAGUGGGGGUUUACCAUUGGUUUUUAAAGUUUAGUUCUUAUUUCAUUCUAUUCUAAUGCAUGGUGUUUUCUCUUUGAAGAAGGAAGCAGGAAUUUGUGAAUUGCUAUAUAUAUUUUUUUUACCCUUUCGCAGUGAAUCAGUGUCACUGUCUCAGGAAUGUUAAGUGUAAUUUACAGUGCAAAUGUAAGAAAUAAGAAAAUGAAUGUAUGCCA